CCUCUCCUCACACUCACAGCAGCAGUGAUCUCAGCAGAACUACGAUCCUCUCACAUCCACUGGAGCUUUGGAUCUGUACGGGACUGUAUUUAAGGAUUGUUUUAAAGAUCUUUUUGCAACAUGGAGGCCACCACUGGGGAAUAUCUUGAUAACUAUGACUACUAUGAUGACAAUGAGACUGCCUGUGACUUCUCGGAGUGGGAGCCUUCAUACUCCCUCAUCCCUGUCCUCUACAUGCUCAUCUUCAUCCUGGGCCUGUCGGGUAACGGUGUGGUCAUCUUCACUGUGUGGAGGUCCAAAUCUAAACGCCGUGCUGCAGAUGUCUACAUAGGAAACCUGGCCCUGGCUGACCUCACCUUCGUUGUGACCUUACCUCUGUGGGCUGUCUACACAGCGCUGGGCUACCACUGGCCCUUUGGUGUGGCUCUGUGUAAAAUCAGCAGCUAUGUCGUUUUGGUGAACAUGUAUGCCAGCGUCUUCUGCCUCACCUGUUUGAGCUUUGACCGCUACCUGGCCAUAGUGCACUCUCUGUCCAGCAGUCGGCUGCGCUCUCGGGGGACCAUGCUGGCCUCCUUGGGUGCUAUCUGGUUCCUGUCUGGGCUGCUUGCGAUGCCCACGCUGCUCUUCCGCACCACCGUGAAUGACCAAACAAGCAACCGCACCACCUGCGCCAUGGACUUCAGCUUAGUCACCCUGAACCAGAGGCAUGAGUACCUCUGGAUUGCCGGGCUCAGCCUCUCCUCCUCCGCCCUGGGUUUCCUCCUGCCUUUCUUAGCCAUGACCAUCUUCUACUGCUUCAUCGGCUGCACCGUCACACGCCAUUUCAACAACCUGCGCAAAGAGGACCAGAAGAAGAAGCGUCUCCUAAAGAUCAUCACGACACUGGUGGUGGUUUUUGCAAUCUGCUGGACUCCCUUCCACGUCUUGAAGAGCAUGGAUGCACUCUCCUACCUGAACUUAGCCCCGAGCUCCUGCGGCUUCCUUCGCUUCCUGCUGCUGGCUCACCCCUAUGCCACCUGCCUCGCCUAUGUUAACAGCUGCCUCAACCCGUUCCUGUACGCCUUCUUCGACUUGCGCUUCCGUUCCCAGUGCCUGUGUCUGCUCAACCUGAAGAAGGCCAUGCACGGCCAGAUGAGCUCCAUGUCGUCCACGCUCAGCGCCCAGACUCAGAAGUCGGAGAUUCAGUCUCUGGCCACAAAGGUGUAGAGAAAAAGAGGAAUGGUGGAGCGAUACUGCAGGCCGGUUUUAGCUCCCACCACUGGAACACUUGUAAAAAAAGACUUAAGGUGUCCGUAUUUCAAAAGCUGGUAAGAAGAGAUGAUGAACUUUAAAUUGUCACUGCUCACAGUAAUGAAAUCAAUAAAGAAGUGGACGCCUUGUAAAGUUUUCUGGACUUGAAGCUAGAGCCAGCUGGCUGAGCUCUUUAGCUACUUAAAUUCUCAGAGAAAAAUGUUUAUUUUUGUUCUUUCUGCUCUGCAAACCUUCUCAUUUCUACCACGAAAACACACACUGAUUACGGGAAUUAAGACUCAAUUUACAUGCGAAUCUGUUUACACUGGAAGAAGCAUAAAGCUGUACAGUAUUUUCAUACCAUAGCCUUUUUUCUUGUUCAGAUUUAUUGAUGUUUUGUUUUAGAAGCACUUGUUAAAUAAAUGAAAAUGUGAGCAGGGAAAUCCAACCAAGCAGAUGCAGUGUCUUUAAAAAGCUGGUUGUUUGUGAAGGUAGAAGCCUGAGCUGC